AUGCUACAACUUUACCGGAAUCCGAGCCUGUGGUCGGUGCUUGCUCUCUGCGCAUACGCACUGAACCUGUUGUUCCACGUGAUUGCAUUCUGCUCCGAUCAUUGGGCAACAUGUAUAUACAUGGGCAAGCACACCUGGUUCGGACUAUGGCAGGGAUGCUGGACUGACGACAUCACCAAAGAAACCAAGUGUUCGGACAGUAUUUUCCAACACCCUUCGUUCAAUUCAGGUAAACAGACAGGUUGGCAUAAAGGUGCACAAGUUUUGAUGACUAUUUCCCUCAUCUCGUUGUUAUUCACGGAAGUCAUCCUCAUUGGCUACGCAUGUGUAGUGAAACUGGAAUCAUACAAGCCACGUAUGAUUGGAAUGUUGAUCGGACUGUCUAUUUCAGAAGUAUUUAUAACCGGCAUUGUAAUCAUGAUGGUAGGGACAGAGGUGAUGUUGUUGGAGAGUGGACAUAUGUCCUGGGGCUAUGGAAUAAAAUGUACCUGCCUGGUUUUAACUUUAAUUACGUUAUCACUGGUGUACAAAGACAGGUAUCAUUUCUUCGGAAGUCGCGCCGAUUUGGUGACACAAAGUGAAAAGGCCAGCGACAAGAACGACUUUGACAAUCCUGCAUUCACCGAUAAGAAUUCGAACGAUUUUUCCGGUUCCUUGAUGGCGUCCUCUACGAAACUCUCAUCAAGUGGUCUGGGAACUUUGGAUAGAGAUUCUCGAAGUUUUUCUUGUUCUGAUAUAUUCACAGUAACGCCUGGUGUCAGUUUCCUUCAGGAACCGUCAGAGAAGUCGAGGGGUCGUUUUGGUGGAUCGGCAGAUAACGUUGCUAGGACAAGUGAUUUCCACAAUUUGAGACAGAGUGGAAUAGCAAGUUCGCGGGAUAGACCGGACGGCACUUUCCCUGUUAGUCUUUCACAGGAACCAACCUGUAGAAUUUCCUUUGACAGUCUAACAAUAAAAACCAAAUCUGUAAAUAUGAGUCCGGAUCCAAAUAACAUCCACCAUGAAGCGACUGUUCACCAGCAACAAAAGAAGGGUAGCUGUUCGCGCUUACCUUCCAGUAGCUCAAUCGAAAGUGAAGUGUGA